AUAUAUUCUUCAUUUCAGGAAAAUUAUUAAUCGAACACGUCAGCUAGCCUACCCAAAAGUGAUUUUUUUCGUAAAUUUUUCAUUAAAAAAUCAAAAUAGCAAUAACGUUUGCAAGAAUUUCAUAUAAAUAAACUUUAUUUACAAAGUCAUUAAAAUGGUUCUGAUAGCGGCAGCGGUGUGUACCAAAAAUGGAAAAGUAAUUAUUUCACGUCAAUUUGUGGAAAUGACUAAAGCCCGCAUUGAGGGUUUAUUGGCUGCUUUUCCCAAACUUAUGACGGCCGGAAAGCAGCAUACAUACGUGGAAACGGACUCGGUACGUUAUGUGUAUCAACCCAUGGAGAAGUUAUACAUGCUGCUUAUUACUACUAAGGCUAGUAACAUUUUAGAAGAUUUGGAAACAUUACGUCUAUUUUCCAAGGUUAUACCAGAAUAUUGUCACACCUUGGAAGAGAAGGAAAUUUUGGAAAAUGCUUUCAAUUUAAUAUUUGCUUUUGAUGAGAUUGUAGCCUUGGGCUAUAGGGAAAGUGUUAAUUUGGCACAAAUUAAAACGUAUGUGGAAAUGGACUCCAAUGAUGAAAAGAUCUAUCAAGCGGUGCGUCAAAGUCAAGAACGCGAAGCUAAACAAAGAAUGCGUGAGAAGGCAAAAGAGUUGCAAAGACAGCGCAUGGAAUCGGCUAAACGUGGAGGGCCUGUGGGCGGUAUGGGAGGACGUUCUAGUGGAGGCUUUAGUUCUGAUGGUUUUGGCUCAAAUAGCAACAGCAGCAGCGGUGGUAUGGGUGGUUUUAGCAGUGCCCCCUCCAUUGAAAUGGACAAUAAACCAAUGGCUCCUAAAGCACAAAAACCUGUAUCACGCAAUGCCCUGAAAUUGGGCGGUAAAACGAAGGACGUGGACAGUUUCGUAGAUCAAUUGAAAUCUGAGGGUGAGAAAAUUGCCAAUUUGGCACCAGCUGCCAGUAGCGCCAGUGCUGCAGCUGCUUCAGCUAAAGCUAAAAUUGUUUCGGAUGUACAUACGGAAAGUGUUCAUUUGAAGAUGGAAGAUAAACUUGUGGUACGCAUUGGUCGUGAUGGUGGUUUGCAGCAAUUUGAACUGUCGGGUCUGCUAACUUUGCGCAUAACUGACGAAAAUUUGGGUCGCAUAAAGGUGCAAUUGGAAAAUAAUGAUACACAUGGCAUACAGUUGCAAACACAUCCCAAUGUCGACAAGGAACUAUUCAAAACUCGCUCAGUAAUUGGCUUAAAGAAUCCAGCUAAACCUUUCCCCAUGAAUACGGACGUUGGUGUUUUAAAAUGGCGUUUUGUUACACAGGAUGAUGCAGCCAUACCAUUGACUAUUAAUUGCUGGCCUUCGGAAAAUGGUGAAGGUGGCUGUGAUGUUAAUAUUGAAUACGAAUUAGAGGCUCAACAUUUGGAAUUACAAGAUGUUGCUAUUAUAAUACCUUUGCCUAUGAAUGUUCAACCAUCUGUAGCCGAAUAUGAUGGCACUUACAACUAUGAUGCACGCAAACAUAUUCUAACAUGGAAUAUACCCGUUAUUGAUGCUGCCAAUAAAUCUGGUUCCAUGGAAUUCAGUUGUAAUUCAUCUAUACCUGGAGAUUUCUUCCCAGUUCAAGUUUCAUUUGUAUCAAAGACACCAUUUGCUGCAUUAAAAGCCAAGGAUAUUGUUUUAGUGGACAAUGAUAGUGGUGUCAAAUAUUCAACAGAAAACAUACUUUUUGUUGAUAAAUAUGAAAUUGUUUAAUUAUUAAUAUUCAUUUCUUUUUAGAAUUAAAUUUUCUCAUCAAUAUUAUUUGAAAAUCAAAACAA